AGAAGCACGUCACUUCCUGUUUCUUUAGGGGAACGUGGCUUUCCCCGCAGCGCCCUUCCCUCCAUCUGCGUCUCUGCCGCGGCGGCCGGAGCUGGAGACGGAGCCCGAGCGCAGCCUCGCGAUGGACUCGGCCGCCAGCGAGCCACACAACGGCAGCACGGAGACCCCUAGCCCGGCCAACGGCACGGCGCGACCGCCGUCCACGCCCGAGGGCAUAGCGCUGGCCUACGGCAGCCUCCUGCUCAUGGCGCUGCUGCCCAUCUUCUUCGGCGCCCUGCGCUCGGUGCGCUGCGCCCGCGGCAAGAAUUCCUCGGAGAUGCCUGAAACCAUCACCAGCCGGGAUGCUGCCCGCUUCCCCAUCAUCGCCAGCUGCACACUCUUGGGGCUAUAUCUCUUUUUCAAAAUAUUCUCCCAGGAAUACAUCAACCUCUUGCUGUCCAUGUAUUUCUUCGUGCUGGGAAUCCUGGCCCUGUCCCACACCAUCAGCCCCCUCAUGAAUAAGUUUUUUCCAGCCAGCUUCCCAAACCGACAGUAUCAGCUGCUCUUCACUCAGGGCUCUGGGGAAAACAAGGAAGAUAUUGUCAACUAUGAGUUUGACACUAAGGACCUGAUAUGCCUGGGCCUAAGCAGCAUUGUUGGUGUGUGGUAUCUGCUGAGGAAGCACUGGAUUGCCAACAACCUGUUUGGCCUGGCCUUCUCCCUCAAUGGAGUGGAGCUCCUGCACCUGAACAACGUCAGCACUGGCUGCAUCCUGCUGGGUGGACUCUUCAUCUACGAUGUCUUCUGGGUAUUUGGUACCAAUGUGAUGGUGACGGUGGCCAAGUCAUUUGAAGCACCAAUAAAAUUGGUGUUUCCCCAGGAUCUGCUGGAGAAGGGCCUGGAGGCAGACAACUUCGCCAUGCUAGGACUCGGAGAUAUUGUCAUUCCAGGGAUCUUCAUUGCCUUGCUGCUGCGUUUUGAUAUCAGCUUGAAGAAGAACACUCACACCUACUUCUACACCAGCUUCGCUGCCUACAUCUUUGGCCUGGGCCUUACCAUCUCCAUUAUGCAUAUCUUCAAGCAUGCCCAGCCUGCCCUCCUGUACCUGGUCCCUGCCUGCAUCGGCUUUCCCAUCCUGGUGGCGCUGGCCAAGGGAGAAGUGACAGAGAUGUUCAGCUACGAGUCCUCGGCGGAAAUCCUGCCUCAUACCCCGAGGCUCACCCACUUCCCCACAGUCUCGGGCUCCCCUGCCAGCCUGGCCAACUCCAUGCAGCAGAAGCUAGCUGGCCCUCGUCGCCGGCGCCCGCAGAAUCACAGCACCAUUUAUGAGGAGUCAAACCCUAAGGAUCCAGCAGCUGUGACAGAAUCCAAAGAGGGAACGGAGGCGUCAGCGUCAAAGAGGCUGGAGAAGAAGGAGAAAUGAAGCGGCUGGCGACUGACCCCCUGAGGGCCAGACCAGACAGGUCGGGGACAGAUUGACAAGUGACUUGGGCAAAGGACAUCCUCAGGAGGUGAAGGCAGCUCCAGGACGGGUGGGCAACAGAAUCCCUCCAGCCCAGCCCCAUCCCAUGGCCUGCUUCCCUUUCCCGUGUGUGUAUGUGAGUGUGUGUCUGUGUGUGUGUCCUUCCUCUGCUUCUCCCCACCCCUGCAGGCAAAGGAAGCCCCCAGCAACCUCCCUCCCCAGGAGCCAAGUCGGAACUGGGUGUGAUUUUUAGAUUUUUGUAUUGUGAACUGUCUUUGCCUCACAUUAAAAACUCAUCCCAUGGC